CACGGGGGCUAGACUCGGGGGCGGUGCAUUGGUUAGCAUUUCCCACUAUUCCUUUAUUAGGUUACACUUUGUGGGGUUAGGGAAAGGAGAGAAUUCCUCAUUACUAAAGAUAUGUAAUUACUAAAAGUGCUGUAUGAAACUAAACUGGACGUUCAUUGUCAUCAAGUAGACAAGAAAACAUCAAGUUGACCUAUGGAUAGAGAUAGACAGACAGACAGACAGAUAGACAGAUAGACAGAUAGACGGCAGCUUCAUUAUUUUAAAGCUUAAUUUCCUUGUUUAUUGGCCCUUGUGAUAUCUGAGGCCAGGCUGGAAAAAGGAGCCCAGUUUAGACAGGUCUCGUGGGAAUAUUAGGGGACGGUUCAAAGUCUCCCUCCCUCCCUCCCUCUCUCUCCCUGAUAUCUGUCCGCAGUCAGAAGCAUCUGGAAUCUGUGCGAAAGGGGCUACUUUUUAUCAUAUUAUGUUCGCAUUUUACAUUUAAAACGGUGCUUUUGACACUAUUUCAGUUUUUAGAUGACUUCCUAUUGCUGAAAGAUCCUCGGAGGGAUUAACACUUUUUUUCUCACUGGAGGAAACUCAACUGGAGAAAUACUUGGAAUAUACUUGGGGAAUGUUGCACCACUAAGGAAAACCUACUUUUUUCUGCAUAAACGUCCAAGAAUAAACAACCAGCAGUGUCUGUGGGAUCAUUAUGGGAAUAUUGGAGUGAUUUUCCUCGGUGUGGAGGGGGGGUUGUUGCAGGACUGUUAUUCCCCCACAUAGAGCAGAUCUGAUCCGGGGUGCAGAGGGGGUUUAAAUGCGGCUGAUUGGAGACCUUUCACCGGGAAACAUGAACAGCAGCGGCGGGUCUGGAAACUUUCUGCUGGUUCCCAUCCCGGAGUAUCCCCUGCUGGACUGCGUGCCCAACAGGACCGCGAAGAUCGUGGUGCUGGGGGCCAGCAACGUCGGGAAAACCGCUCUGAUUGUCAGGUUUCUCACCAAGAGGUUCAUCGGGGAUUAUGAAGCAAACACUGGAGCGCUCUACUCCAGAAAGGUCACCCUGGAUGGAGAGGAAGUGUCGCUUCAGAUCCAGGACACUCCCUGUGUGGCGCUGCAGGAUGAUGCUGAAGGCCUUUACUGUCAGGAGCAGAUCAACAGGUCUAUUUACUGGGCGGAUGGAUACGUGCUGGUGUUCUCCAUCACGGAUCACAACAGCUACCGCACCAUUCAGCCGCUUUACCAACACGUCAGACGCAUACACCCCUCUGGAAAUAUCCCCGUUAUACUGGUUGGAAACAAGAGCGAUCUACUCAGAGCCAGACAAGUGCCGGCAGACGAAGGCGAGACGUUAGCUUCUUCGCUAGGAGGAGUUUACUUCGAGGCGUCGGCGAGAGAAAACCACGAGGGAGUUCACGCUGCCUUCCUGCAUCUCUGUCAGGAGGUGAUUCGAGGAGGGGGUAACGGUGAGAAACGAAGAGGAGGCCUUCAUCUAGCCAGACCUAAAUCUCCCAACAUGCAGGAGCUGAAGAGGAGGUUCAGGCAGGUCCUCUCCUCCAAAGUCAAAUCAUCAUCCUCCGCCCUCUGAUCGAACAGAAACAUCACGAAGAUAAGAGCUUCUAUGGAAAUACAAAGACCUCCGUUUGAGAACUGAAGAGCCUCUGUGGUGAUCGAAGCGUUUUAAAGAGUCCUCGUGAGAGAGAUGAAGACACAGCUUUCUGCAGACUCAGCUGCUCUCUGUGUUUUGGACAAAGGGUCAACGGGACCUUCUGAUGCAGCUCAGAGGGAACCGACUGAUACAAAAACCGAUGUAUUGUGUCAGAAACUUUACCAACAAAGGACAGUGAGUGUGUCAGAAAUACGGGUUUACUGCAAACUGACCCAUGCCUCCGUUUUCUUGAGGCUGAAAAAUCACUCUUAAUACAUCAACGGUAAAGAAUUAACGAGACAAUUAAAAGGACAGAACACGUUGUUUGUUAUGUCCUGCUUGUAAUUGACGUUUUUGCAAAUAGACACGUUUUUUAAUUGGGUUGAAAGUUGUUCAUUCAUGUGAGAACAAUGGCAGAUUUCAACUUGGCUGAUACCAAAUAAAUGCACAGCGAGUCUCCAUCUUCUCUCUUGCUGACUUGGUAAGAAAAUAGUCUGAACCAAAACAGGAAACGACCCCAAAUCGAACUCGUUCAAGGCUCUUCCCCCGAGAAAAAUGCUGCCUUUUGACAGCCGGAAGGGAAGCCUCUAGUAACAAAACAAAGCAAGGACAAGUGGAAGUGAGCUGUACUAUUUUUAAAUUGGGUUUUAAUAAAGUGACCAGAAUCUUUUUUUAUA